AUGUCAUUGUAUCCUGUUCUUGACAAUCGACCAAUUGAUCAAUGGAAGGCCACAGCGCUAAAAGAAGAACUGAAGCGGCAGAAUUUGACUACAAAGGGAUUAAAGGAUGAUUUGGUAAAGCGGUUGGGUGAGGUAAUUCACAAUGAAAUUGAAAAUGCUGAGGGAAAUGUUGAUAAUGGUUUUGAUUGUGCUUCCCAACCAGAGGCUCAGUCUGGUCACCCAAUGACAGGCCAUGUUGUUACCGAGGCAGCUAAGGAUAUUGGGCAUCAUGAUGAUAACUCAAAUGAGAAUUUGGCUAGGAAUAUUCUUCAAGUUGACAUCGAUGAUAGGCGGGCGCCAUUGGAGAAAGAAAAAAGCUUCAGAAGGGGAACUAGCUGUGAGAGCAUGGUGCCUGAAAUAGCUUUGAAUGGACAAGACUCGCCAAACUGUGAUAUUCAGGGUGAGAGUGGGGAUUCAAAGGCCCUGCUGUUGAAUGAGGAUUCAAAGGCUCUACAGGCGGAUACAAAGCUUAGUUCAUCUGAUUUAAACAACCAGGUAUCUGAGGUCAGCCCUGUUUUAGGGUUUCAAGUAAAAUCUGAUUCUUUUUGUAUUGAUUCUGUCUCAAUUAAUGAAAAGAGUGAACUAAAUGAUAACGUAAUUGAUAACGUAAUUGCUGAUGAUGUCAAACUAGAGCUAGAUGUUAAGCAUGAGAUGGUGCCAUCAUCCAACGAUGUUUUCCUUGAUGGCGGCAAAUCACAUCCGAUGGAUGUUGAAGAGCCACAUGAGAACAAGGUAUCUGCUGAAGAGACAAGUGACAGCAAUACCAAAAGUGCAGAUAUAGGCAAAAAAAAUGAUAGUGGAGGUGUAGGUCCUUCUGAAAAGUUGAAUUUAGAUCGAGGUUCUGGGGAAGAUUUNAUUAAUGACUUCUUAUUUUUUAUCAGGACAAGUUUUUUAAAGAAAAGGAAAUUCAGAUUACAAAUAAUGUCAUUGUAUCCUGUUCUUGACAAUCGACCAAUUGAUCAAUGGAAGGUCACAGAGCUAAAAGAAGAACUGAAGCGGCGGAAUUUGACUACAAAGGGAUUAAAGGAUGAUUUGGUAAAGCGGUUGGGUGAGGUAAUUCACAAUGAAAUUGAAAAUGCUGAGGGAAAUGUUGAUAAUGGUUUUGAUUGUGCUUCCCAACCAGAGGCUCAGUCUGGUCACCCAAUGACAGGUCAUGUUGUUACCGAGGCAGCUAAGGAUAUUGGGCAUCAUGAUGAUAACUCAAAUGAGAAUUUGGCUAGGAAUAUUCUUCAAGUUGACAUCGAUGAUAGGCGGGCGCCAUUGGAGAAAAGAAAAAGCUUCAGAAGGGGAACUAGCUGGUGGUUGUAA